GCCCUGAUUGAUUCUUGACCCAGGGAAAGUCGUAUAUUAUUCACACCUCCGCCAAAGAUGAACUCGUCCAAACUGAGCAAUUCAAAAGGACAGGCGAUCUGUGCGGGGGCUUAUCACUUCGUGGCCGACGGAUCCUUUACCAAAACCGGCGCAGAAGCCUGAGGAUCCUUCUGGAAAGAAUGGUGUCCUGGAUCAUGCUUCUUUCAGCGUGUCAAUAUCUUCUCCCAAAUGCAGCCUUGUGGGCGACUGCCUUCGCUAUCACUGUGGCAUUUCUGGACUACCUUGACCUUCAAAACACCGGUCCUGUGAGAGGUCCGUGUCUUGCCUCUCUCUUCCCCGCCCUGACUGAGUUUCACGUCGAUCUGACCGGGUCCCCAAUGAUUCACACAUUGGAUUACUAGCAGCCGCAUCUUCAAAGCUGACCAAUACGCCCUGGCUGCGCGUUUCCCUGUGCAUCGCCGAUCACACCGGCGGUGUUAUAUCCCGUUUGCUGGGCCUUGGGGUGCGGUAAUCAUAAUCGCUGACUCGCAUGAGUGCUGAUUAUGGCGUGGACGGAUCUCAGGACUUGAAGAUCGAAAUAAAACAAGGUACGUAGCUGUCGCUGAUAGCAUAAAGAUGUCAAUCUCUAUUGGUUUGGCUUCGCAAACUAUCCCACAUUGCGUUGUUUCGACAAUUGGGCG